AUGAGUGAAAAGCAUAUCGCUUUUCAUUUGAACAUGAACAUUGCAGCUAUAAGAAGUAUCUUCGAUAGCUUUGUUCAAGACUGCCAGAAAGCCUAUAUUCCACAUGAAUAUAUGACUAUAGAUGAAAUGUUAUGGGCGUUUCGAGGAAAACAACCUGCAAGUUCCAUGUUCGGGUUCCAAAGAGACGUUUCUAUUGUUUCCUACGCUCCGAAAAAAAAUAAAGUGGUGAUCCUUAUGUCUACACUUCACCAUGAUGACCUUAUAGAUGUGACAACAGGAGAUAAAAGGAAACCAGAAAUGAAAGUAAUACAACCUAAAGAGACAAUAAAUAAUGUUACUAUCGAAAAUAACAACACGGAAUCCGAUAAUAACACAGAAUCCGAAAACCAGAAAAAUAAUAAUGAGGGAGGAAAUGAAUCAUUGGAAACAAACUCAAUAGAGACACAUGACACAAUGGCGACAAAGAGCCCAAUACCGACUCGUGUACCUAAAAGAUCUCUAAAGAAUAUGAUUAGUCCUGUAGAUGCGAAAAUGAUGAAAUUUAUGGAUUCUUAUUCAAAUCACGAGCCUAAAACAAUGAAUCGGCAUCUUUCAUUUUUCAAUGGGAUAUUACCAUCAUUAGAUAAGUAUGAUGAUGACGAAGCCCUCGAAUUCCAAAUGAGUGUGCUACAAUUAAUGAAAAAAAUUAAAAACAGUCGCCAAAUUCGUGAAUCGUCGUCUUUCAAUCUCCCAUCAGUUCACAGAGGAUAUUUACACAACAAUACCAAAAUAGUAAUAUACAAGAAGCUACAAAUUCUAUCAGUACAAACAUGA